UUGAUUAACACGAUGGCUAAGCGUAAGCUUAUUGGGAGUUUUGCGGACAGCAUACCCGACCUAUUGCGAGCCACAACACAUACUGGUGCUCAUCGGGACAUAAACGUCAAUGAGCUAUUGAAAUACGAGGUAAGGGGUCUCAUGUCGGAGCGUAUACUCCGUAACCCCAACAAUCCCGAGUCCUACGACUGGACUGAAAACCUACUGUCCGAGGCUUACGGACGUCCGGUUAGGGAUGUCAAUGAUAUAACGGCUUUCAUAGACAUGUGUUAUACGACUGUCAAUAAGAAAGUGGCGUUUGUUAUCAACUAUUGGACUAUAUUUGCGUUUAUGAUGGAUGACUACAUGGACCAGAUUGUCAUGGAUGAUGAGGGAAAAAGUGAAAUUUGCGAAUGGCAGCAAAAAUACAUAACCGGCAAAAGUGGCGGUCAUUUAGGUUUAGACAAAAUGCUUGUAAAAACAUUGGCAAUAAGUGGCCAAUAUAUGGCCCCUGACCAGUAUGUCCGACACGUGGUGUCUAACGUGCGAUGGAUGGGUACGUAUUUGACUGUCAAUCCAACGAAAUUCAAUGUCGACCACCAAAUGCUGACAUAUGUGCAAUACUGGACACAAAGGGAAAUGGACUGCAUGUAUAUAACGGUGUUUAUAUUCUCGGAGUUGAGUGUGGGUUUGGAUGCCAUAGAGCACCGGCUGACUACUGAUCCCAUUUGGAAGGCCUUUAACGUGUCGGCCGGCAAACACUCCGUACUCGUCAAUGAGGUCUACUCUGUCAAGUCGGAGGUACCCAAAGGUCAGGGUAGGGGCCAGACAUUCAAGAACCGGAUCGGUGUGUCGCCCAUGACUCAGCUCAUGGCCGAUAAGCAGGGCUUUGUGGGGGACUGGCAUCUGAUGAGCGCCGGCUCUUAUGCCAGUGGCGGCGCCGGACUCGUCAUGAUGGAGGGCACGGGUGUUGAGCCCAUGGGUCGCAUAUCCAAUCGAAUUCAUAAUUGCAUUUAA